AAUUUUAGCAAUCUGAUAGGAUAAGUUAAAUAAUGUUGAUUAUUUUGUCUUAUGCUUAUAUUUAUGUCGUAUGGAAUUUGAAUGAUAAUUAGUUUUUUUCCUAUUCUCUCGUAUAUCGCAUUUAAAUAUCUUACAUAGUUGAAAAUAGAAAUUUAUAAUUCGUCUUAAUGCCUCUUAUACACCGUGCGUUAUUUACAUGGUUUAUUUUGUUAAUUUUUUUAGUACUUCUCGUUUUAAGACUUGAUCAAAGAAUACAAUGGAAUUGGUUUAUAGUGUUUAUACCUAUGUGGUUAUACGAUAACAUAUUACUUAUUUAUAUCAUUUUUAAUAUGAUCUCUUAUUGUAAAAACGGAAGAGUCAGUAGUUUACGUAGAGAAGCUUGGUAUAUGACGGCCGUACUUAUGAAAUUAAGCGCACAAAUUUUAAUUUGUUUAAAAUUAGAAGCACCCUACUGGUUUUUACCUGCCAAAGUCGUUUUAGCUCCAUUCUGGUUACUUCUACCAAUUUUGGCUGUGGAUGUUUUCAUUCAUUUAAUUAAACAUUGUAGAUACUGAUAAUAACCAGAAUUUAAGUUGUUCUUGG